AUGGUGGGGCCCCUCUUGAUUUGGACCCCUCUAGGGGGCACAGCCCAGGGCGCACCCAGGAAGAGGAGAGGAGAGGUGGGCUGGGAUGUGGGAAGCAGGUCCUCACCAGCCCAGUGGCCAGGCUGUGCCGUUCCUGCCAUCAAACCAGCGCUGAGCUUCAGCCAGAGGACUGUCAAUGGGGAGAACGCAGUGCCGGGCUCCGGGCCCUGGCAGGUGUCCUUGCAGGACAGCAAUGGCUUCCACUUCUGUGCUGCUUCCCUCAUCCGCCGGUCCUGGGUGGUCACUGCUGCCCACUGCAGUGUCGUCCCUGGCCGCCACUUUGUCAUCCUGGGCGAGUAUGACCGAUCAUCCAGUGCAGGGCCUUUGCAGCUUCUCUCCAUCUCAGCGGCCAUCGCACACCCUUCCUGGAACCCCGCCACCAUGAACAAUGAUCUGACGCUACUGAAGCUCGCCUCCCCAGCCCUGUACACAACACACAUCUCACCAGUUUGCCUGGCUUCGUCAAAUGAGGUGCUGCCUGAAGGCCUCAAGUGUGUCACCACUGGCUGGGGCCACCUCAGUGGGGUGGGCCCUGUGACUCCAGCACUCCUGCAGCAUGUGGUUUUGCCCCUGGUCACUGUGAGCCAGUGCCAGCAGGACUGGGGCUCACACAUCACCAACUCCACGAUCUGUGCAGCGGCCUCAGGGGCCUUCUCGUGCCAGGGUGACUCCGGAGGCCCACUUGUCUGCCAGAAGGCAAACACGUGGGUGCUCACUGGAAUCGUCUCUUGGGGCACCAGUGACUGCAACGUGUGCGUGCCUGCCAUAUACACUUGGGUUAGCAAGUUCUGCACCUGGAUCAGUGAGGUCACAGCCUACAACUGAGCCCACCACAGGCCCUCUCGCCAUCUCAGUGCAAUCAAGACCCCAGGCUCUGCCCUCUUGUGUAUUCCUGUUUUCCUGGUUCAGGGAAAAGGAGAGGCUCUUGGGGGUCCCACUCCCCAAGUGGACUUUGUCUUCUGGCCCAGCAGGUGUUGAGGAGUCAGGAUCCUCCUAGACUCGCCAUGACCGGGCUGGGCUGCAACCCGCAUCCCCCCGCUCCUGGGCAACCCCUUAGUCCACAGCAAGGAGACUGGGCUGUCGGAAUGAAUAGGCAGCUCUCCCUGGGGAAGGCAGCCUGUUUAUUGAGUACAGAGGAUACAUUUACAAACUGAGUACACAAAAUAAAUAACUGCACAUU